AUGGCAACACUUGACUAUCAUUUGAGUAGUUCAGGUAGCCCCUUUAAGAAUUUGAUUGCCAUAUCCUUUUAUGUUGAUAAUCUUCAGGGUAGUAUGUCCAAUGAAAUAGAAUUGUUAGAAUUUUAUGCUGAGGCUAACAAGCAACUGAGGAGUGCCAAUAUGCCACUCAGGACUUGGGUAACUGACAAUGAGAGACUUAAAACUAAAAUUGAAGAAGAUAACAGUGGUUAUGAUGUUCCUACCACAACUUCAGUUCUUGGAUUGAAUUGGGAUAUCAUCUCAGACAUGCUUAGUCUGAAGUCGGCUAAAAUGUUUGUACCUGAAGUAAUCACAAAACGCAAUUUACUUAGCUUGGUCUCAACGGUUUUUGAUCCACUAGGAUUCCUUUGUCGAGUAAUCAUAAGGGGUAAAAUCCUUAUUCAAGCUGCUUGGAGGACUAAUGUCUCCUGGAAUGAUCCAUUAGGCGAAGAAUUUUCAAGUAGUUGGACAGAAUUAUAUGAAGAGUUCAAGGCACUUAGUAAAUUUUCAGUACCUCGCAAAGUUGCAACUCAAGGAGUAAACUAUGUUUUGCACAUAUUUUGUGACAGCUCGACCAAAGCUUAUGGUUGUGCAGCCUAUUUGGUAGGAAAUGGAGAAAAACUGUUGAUUUGGUCUGAUAACGAGGCUGCUAUUCAAUGGGUCAGAAAUGAUAAUUGCAAAAUGACUUAUGUCAAGAACAGGGUGGCUGAGAUCAGAGAAGUGUCAGCCAAUUAUCAAAUAUUUCAUGUAUCUACUGGAGAAAAUCCUGCUGACUUAGUGACUCGUGGAGUUGAAGUUAAAGACUUAGUGUCAAAUUCUUUAUGGUUUAAAGGUCCUUCUUGGCUACCAUGUGAAGGUUUGUGGCCAAGUGAAAAGGAUGAAGUUGUAGUUUAUGAGAUAACAGCGGAGGGACAAAUCGAUCCAGUUAAGGUUGAAUGUUUGUUUGAAAAACCACAUAGCUUGUCUGUGGAAUGUUCUGAUUUGAUUAAGGACUUAGGUCAGUAUUUUGAUCCAUCCAUUGGACUGAUGAGGUCAAGAGGUCGCCUCCAGCAUGCUGGGAGUGCUGUGAAUUCCAAAUAUCCUGUACUAGUUCCACCAGGAGAACAUUUAACUAACUUUUUCAUUCUAAAGGCACAUAGACCAUUUGAGAAUGUAGGUGUUGAUUAUUCUGGGCCUAUUGUCAUUACAAAGACUGAAGAUAAUGAGCCAAGGAAGGUUUAUAUCUGCUUGUUUACUUGUACAGCUACAAGAGCAGUUCACCUAGAUGUGGCUUUAGAUAUGACAGCAGAAUCAUUCUUAUUAAUUUUUCGUCGGUUUUGUGGCACCUGGUCUGUUCCCAAACAAAUAAUUUCAGAUAAUGGGACAAACUUUAAAGCAACUGCCAAGUUUCUUGAGGAACUAUGUAGUGAUCCUCAAAUACGAGAAUAUUUUAGUAAUCGUGGUAUUGUUUGGAAAUUCGUCGCUCCCAGAGCACCUUGGCAAGGUGGCUUCUAUGAGAGGAUGAUUAAGGUUGUUAAGAAUUGUUUGCAAAAGGUUUUGUAUCAUAAGAUAGUCAGUUUAGAUGAACUUCAGACUGUGGUUGUUGAGAUUCAAUCUCGUGUUAAUAAUAGACCGCUCACCUAUAUCAACAGUGAUAGGAUGUCUCCAGAAUCCUUGUCACCUUCACAUCUCCUAUAUGGCAGAUCGAUUGAAGCUAUGCCACCAUUUGAGAAGAUCUUGAAGAAUGAAUAUAUAAUUUCCUUAAGAGAACCUCAUUAUGUUUCUGAUAGAGCUAGGGAAUUGAAUAAUCUUAAAGUUGGGGAUGUUGUUUUGGUCCAAGUUGAAUCUCCAAGAAGUGAGUGGCCUUUAGGUAGAAUUGUUGAACUUCGACCUGAUUCAGAAGGAGUCAUACGUUCUGUAGAUGUGUACUGCAAAGGUCAUGUCGGUACACGAACAGUUGAAAAGCUUGUACCUUUAGAGGUUAGUGAACCAGUGAAUGAGGAACUUAUAGGUAAUCUUGAUGAUAAUGUGAACACUGAUGUUCCUAGUUAUGAAAUGCCUCAUCCCCCUGGUCAAAUGUUUGAAACACAUCCUCAACGUGCUAGCAAAACUAGAGCUACACUAGAGAGAGGAGAGAGGUCAUAA